AUGGCCUCGAGUAGCAAGGCAGCCAUCAUCUCUCAUGACAAUCUGCAGAUCGGUGAUGUCUCCAUCUUUGUCUCCAAUGCCAAGCUGGCUGUCAUGAAGGAGGGCGUGUAUAGGGUCAGGAUCCAGAUGUUCAAGCUCAAGCUUGGCAAGUCGGUCAACUCGCCUCCGGCAGAGGGCCGGGUGUACUUUGACGAGACGCACAUGUCGGAGAACUCGGAGAAGACCAUGCUGCCCAAGUGGAACCAGCGGAUGACGUUCUCGGUCACCGCCAUCAACCGCUGGCUGGAAAUCUCGAUCGAGCGGGUUGGCAAGCUCUCGAACAAGAUUGUCGGCACUGUCGCUGUCUCGCUCCGCGAUGCGCUCGCCAACCACUCGUCCAACGGUAUUGUGGCUGAGUACACCGACCUGCCCAUCACUGCAGACGGCAUCGAGGAGGGCUCCAUCCACCUCACCCUCAAGUACACCUGCUACUACGAACGCGAGCGCAAGGCGCUCCUCGGCGUCCGCAGCGGCUCGUACGGCUACAAGGUCUUCACCUUUGAGGCCGCCGUCGACGUCGCCAUGCACGGCCACACCACCGUCGUCGACGCAGCCACCAAGUGGAUGACCGCCAUGGGCUCCUCCAUCGAGCCGCUCUCGCUCGACACCGUUGCCCUCCCGUCCGCCACAAAGGACGCCGUCGCCUCCCGCGCAACCGUCGCCUACCGCGUUCUUGAGUGCUCGCAGGACGUCAUCGUCUCCGAGCUCCGCUCCUCAGGCUCCCGCAGGUCUAACAAGCGCCCCAGUCUCAGCGGCGCCUCCGCAUCGCUGGCAAGCGCGAGUCCACCCAAGCGCAAGAAGCUGCUAUAG